UGUCAUUUAGUUUGACUUGUUCGUCAUCAGCCAGAUUUCGGUGCUUUCGUCGGAGUAUUCGAAGAAUUUUGUGAUUGAGAGAAAUGUCCACGAUAAAUUUGCCAUUAAAUUUGACUGUACGCGUCCAUCCGGUCGUGUUGUUCCAAAUAGUGGAUGCGUACGAGCGCCGAAAUGCGGAUUCACAACGAGUAAUCGGAACACUGCUGGGCUCUGUCGACAAAGGAGUAGUUGAGGUAACUAACUGCUUCUGUGUUCCACACAAAGAGCACGCUGAUCAGGUCGAGGCGGAACUAGGCUAUGCAUCUGAUUUGUAUGACCUAAACCGGCGGGUAAAUCCUUCGGAAAACAUUGUCGGUUGGUGGGCUACUGGCCAGGAAGUGACCAAUCACAGUUCAGUUAUCCAUGAGUAUUAUGCCCGCGAGUGCAACAACCCAAUCCAUUUGACGCUGGAUACAUCGUUAACCGGAUUCCGAAUGGGAAUCAAAGCGUAUGUCUGUGUUUCGCUUGGUGUUCCCGGUGGAAAAACCGGUUGCAUGUUCACUCCUAUCAAUGUAGAAGUGACCAGCUACGAACCGGAAGUUGUGGGGCUUAAGCUAUGUUCGAAGACGAUUGGUGUUCAGUCGAAUCCGGUACGUCCACGUACCGUGUCCCCGAUGCUGGAUUUAGCUCAAAUUACUGAGGCUUCCGGAAAAUUACUCACUCUUCUGGGGGAGGUGCUGAACUACGUAGAGGAUGUGCUAUCGGAAAAACAGCAACCGGAUAACACCGUCGGGCGAGCUUUGCUAGAUCUGAUUCAUUCAGUUCCAAACAUGACAACAGAUCAGUUUGCUCAGAUGUUCAAUUCCAACGUGAAAGAUCUUUUGAUGGUCGUUACUUUGUCGCAGCUAAUUAAGACCCAAUUACAGUUGAAUGAAAAACUGACUAGUUUGACAUCGUUCAUCAAUUAAUAGCAAAGGGAAGAUUUUAAAGGCACUCCACAGACGGUGAAUGUUUAAUUGUAAGAAAAGCUCAUUUUGCAUUUGGUCAGAUUGGAAGGAAACGAUAGGCUAUUUGAGAAUUGUACCGACAAAUAAAAGAAGUUUUGACAGUA